GAANAACAACUAGAUUGCGCCCUGGAUUUGAUGAGAAGGUUGCCUCCCCAACAGAUAGAAAAAAAUUUAAGUGAUUUAAUUGACUUGGUUCCAAGUCUAUGUGAAGACCUGUUAUCUUCAGUAGAUCAGCCGCUGAAAAUAGCAAGGGAUAAAACAGUUGGCAAAGACUACCUUCUGUGUGAUUACAACAGAGAUGGAGAUUCUUAUAGGUCACCAUGGAGUAAUGCUUACGACCCCCCUCUAGAAGAUGGUGCUAUGCCCUCUGAUAGACUAAGGAGACUAGAAGUGGACGCUAAUGCUGCUUUUGAUCAGUAUAGAGAAAUGUAUUUUGAGGGAGGUGUCUCGUCUGUUUACCUGUGGGAUCUAGACCACGGCUUUGCUGGUGUCAUUCUAAUAAAGAAAGCAGGCGACGGUUCCAAGAAAAUUAAAGGGUGCUGGGACUCCAUUCAUGUGGUAGAAGUACAGGAGAAGUCUAGCGGUCGUAGUGCACAUUACAAGCUUACCUCCACGGCCAUGCUAUGGCUACAGACCAACAAGGCAGAAUCUGGGACCAUGAACCUUGGCGGGAGCUUAACGAGACAGAUUGAAUCAGAUGCUAAUGUAAAUGAAGCCAGUCCUCACAUUGCCAACAUUGGAAGGAUGGUGGAGGACAUGGAGAAUAAAAUUAGGAACACAUUGAAUGAAAUUUAUUUUGGUAAAACUAGAGAUAUAGUCAACGGCCUACGAUCCCUAGUGCCCCUAGCUGACACGAAAAAACAGCAAGCUGUUCUCACCGACCUUGCAGCUGCUUUACAGAAGAGGCAACAGGCGCAGUGAUUCUUAGACAGGUGGUGACAUCUAUCUUACAGUGCUGAGAAUUCUGGGACAAUUUUCAGUGACAGAGGAAAAAAGCUGUUCAUAGAAAUCAGUGGUACCCAGUCCUGGAUUUUAACGAGAGACG